ACAGCUAUAAAAUUCUCGAAAUCGCAAUAAUAUUAUCUACUGGUAAAUUAAACAUCCCUACAAAAAUAACAUAAAAAUACUGCACUGUAUAAUAUAUAAGUCUCAAUAGCUCGCAUCUUUAAACUAAUAAGCAUAUUACAGUUACAGAAACAAUUAAAAUCGCAAUCGCAAAAACGCAAUAAAAAUCGGCUAUCAGUUUCGUGAAAUCGCAAUAAAGUGCAGGCGAGUUGAGCACCCCUUUGCAGUUUUUGUUUAUUUGAUAGUCGAUGCAUCGCUAGCUUAGCACGCAUUGAUCCAGUCGCUCGGCGCGUGCGACACGCACUCGACUGCACCGACAUCGAACGGGUGUGAAAUCGCCUUAACGACGAAAAGUUCCAAAUUUGAAAGUGUCAUAGUUUGAUUCAAAUGUGUAACGUUAAAAAAAAUUGUGGUUUGGAUUUGUGUGUUUUGGAAUAGCAUUAAAACAAUGCAAUGAUUCAACGGUGUUCAAUUUAAACUUUUUUUACGUUUUUGUGAGUUCAAUCAAACCAAGCCUUAAAAAUUGAAAUUAUAACGUUUUUUUAAAUCGGUAUAUUUUUUUAGGGUUCGGGUUUGAUUUGGUCAAAUAAUUUAAAUAGUCAUUGUCAAAGCUUUAUAAACUUUUUAACUGGAUGACGUUCGAAGACCGAUUGUUUUUUUUUAAGCUGAACGGUUAUAUUUUUUGUUUGAAGUUGUUGAAAGUGAUUUGAAUAAAGAUCCAUCAAAUGCACAAUGGUUCCUAGAGGAAUAUAAAAUGUGUUUUUCAAUUUGAAAAAGGCCUUGUAUCCACUUGCGGUGCAUAAUUUUGUUCUACACGUGUCUACUUGAUUCGGUUACAAAUACGGACUAUUUUUCACUAUCACAUUGAAUUUCAAAUAUGUCUUUAUAAGCGGGGGUUAUGCUGUUUUGUUGACUAUUUUGAAACGAAUGCCUGUGGAAGUGGUUUAGUGCUUUAAAGGAACCUGGAGCCGAAAAAUGAGAAACUUCAGUAUAUUCACAGCACGGUUGGCAACCCUACUCUUAUUACACGCGGGAGGUGCAGGGCUGGCAUCGCCCACGGUAGUGACUCGGCUUGCAAGUGCACAGUGGCUACCCACAGAUAACCAAACUGUCUAUACAUUACCUCCGGGAGAACUUCAAAGUUUGGAGUUGAACACCUCAUCGAUAUCAGCCCCAGUGUACGUCACGGUGAGUCCGUGUACGACCGACGUACGCUGGGCCCUUUUUAGGGGCCACAUCGGAAAUAUUGAUGAUCAACUGACAUUUGUAAGAGAAUAUAUUGGUCGGCAGAUGACGACACUAUCAAUAAGCGUAUCGCAGAACGAGAGAUACGUAUUACAGCUAUCUUCAGAAGCCGGAGGAGCGGCGGCAGUCAGCGUGCGUGGCGAGGCUCCACGCUCCGUGCGCGUGCGACUACGCGUGCGAUCCAGACGGAGACUCUCUGCUAACUGGGACCCUAGCCCGAUAGACCCCAAAACCACGAGCUACUGCAUCGUGGCAUCACAUCGCACGAAUUACACCUCGCUCUGCGCAGCGCAGUAUGACUCUAAACCUAGCACGGAUUGUAGAUUGAUGAACAAGAGAAACGGAACUGAAGAAAACAGAAUUGAAGAUGUCUACAAUAUAUAUGAAGGAAAUUUCAAGAGCGUUUACAGACGACGAAAAUUCAGUCGCAGUACAAAGGUGUCGGAUGAAGAUCCAUUGGUGGCCUGCGUUGGAGACAGGACGCAUCAUUUGAUCGAGAACUUGGACCCUAGUACAACAUACUUCGUGAGUGUUUUUGCCGUCGCCCGUGACCGCAGGGCUGGAUCCCUGCUCGCUACGGGCAGCGUCCGACCUAGGACGUCUACAGCGAGGAGGUUACGGGAAAAUACACCUUACAGAGCAGACAUUAGGAGCAAAAGUGUCUUCUAUUUUAAGGCAUCUGUGGGCUCUCCUCUAUGGCUCUCCGUGGCAACGUGCGGCGGUACAGUGGAUGUAGAGGUUCUAGUGAGGGGCAAGCAGUUAUACAUCGUGAGGAAUAUAGAUCGUUACCUCAAGUUCUCCGCGGACGCGUCAACUUCGAUUCAGGAGACCAGCGAUGAAGGUUCCGUACAGUUCGAAUCAAGUUCGGAAGAGGCUAAUAUGCGAUAUGUAGUCAGGGUACUUCCUAGCCGCUGGGACCAAGAGGCUGUUGGGGUUGAGCUGACAGCAUCAACAUCCCGGUGGGGCAUCAUUGAGCCGGAAUUGCCGGACGAAAGUGCGACAGUGCGAGAGCUGAGGCCGAAGCGCACCUGCUCAUCCAUCGAUAUCGCCUUCUUGCCAGCAACGCACUACGCCAAUGGCGUCAUCAGGUACUGCAUAGUUGCUCGAGAGACAAGCAUUGGAGACCUGUACUCUUGCGCAUCAAAGCGAGCUUCGAAAACUUGUAUCAACCGCGUGCAACGGCCGCCAUCGCGAGUGAUAAAGCAGAAAGUGACCGGACUGAAAACUGGAAGAAAAUACGCCAUACAAGUGUCAGCGUCAAGCAAAGGAAUAUCUGUGCCAUACAAAACUUUAUACAUCGACUUCGCUUGCGAAUAAUAAAUUACGCAGUAUAUAAACUUGAAAUUGAACUUAAUUUACAAACCCACUCAGUUUUUGAACGCGUUUCGUCAUAAAUAAAAACGCCAAGUGUGGCUAAGACCAAGAAAACCGUUAUUUGAAAGUAUGAAGUAUGGAAGGUAGAGGUAAGGAAAUUAAUCUUCAUGUAUCAAAAAGUGACCGUAAAAAAUAGUAAAUAGGCGGCGCCACCAUACACUGAAGUACCUAGACCAUACACCUAGUAUUUUAUAUAAAUGUGCACCCGUGCGACCGUGAUGGACAGAACAUACGCAAUGCGACAAAAUUAAAAACACAUUUUAUCAUUCCUGACAACAUACCAGAAACAACCUACGUAAUUUGGUCGGGUUAUUUGCUGCCCCUCCCCCAUUUCAUCUCUACAUUAUUAUACCUCUAUGGUUCAUGUCAUAGAGUCUCCUUUAAAUUACAAUACUCUUUGGUCUCAGACUAGAGCCUACCAGGGCAACUAGUUACGACUUAGGCGUUCUUGACGUUCAAAAGUUUAAAUGUAUCGUAGAAGAUACAAAAAUUUUAAGUUAACGCUGCCACAAACCCGCCAGGCGGGCGCUCGGUCCGCAGUCGCUUUUCGCUACAUACGGUUCUUCCUAUGUUAUCAGCUACGCUCGUAGCUCAUAGCACGCGCUGGCGUUGUAUGUGUUAUAGUUAUUUGUGCAACAAGAGAGGAAAGUGGUUUUUCUUGCGAGAGUUGAUUUUGAGUCCCGAGAAAGCGAAAGAUUCUAAGUUAGAAUCUUGAGCGUAAUGAGGAACGCAAAACAACGAAAUGUAAAAUAACUUUGCUCUCGUGUGACACAUAUAAUUUUUCACCUCUGUUAAGUAGUGAGAACAUAUUAAAGGUUCAAAAAAAUUGCUUAUUAUAUUUCUUGCUCUGUUAGAAACAAACGAGGCUUUGACUUUGAUAAGAAGUUUUUUUAUUUUAUUUGGCUGUUACUGAACAUCCGUUUAUUAAUGAAGUACAAACCGAUUUUUUAUUCUUUAAAAUUUAAUUAAUUUUCCUACCUUAAAGAUCAAACCAUAUACCUAUGUUAUGUUUAUGUAUAAUAUGAUUAUAUGAUUUUUAUAAAGCAUGUAAGAACAUACAUUUUGAUGUAAGUAUUUUGUGAUUAAUUAUUAGGUAUUGUAAAUAAUUUCGUCU